AUGUCGUCCCCGCAGACUCCUCCUCCAGAUGUCCACAAAAGCAUUCGUCCUAGCGAGGAGGAGACCACCACGAGAUAUGCCCACUCCAUUGCUGAAACAACGUCUUCCGACGAGACGGUCGAUCAGAUAGAGGCUCUGGCCAACAUCAAUACGAGGACAUCGCGCAUUUCGAUACCCUCACUAGCGCGAAAAGUAACGUCGAUUGGCACUACUGGGACUACCGACCCGAACUAUGAGGUCGAUUGGGAGGAUGAACUCGAUAGGACCAAUCCAAAGAACUGGUCCCUCGGAUACAAAGCCAUGGCGAUGUUCUUUCUUUCGUAUAACACUCUAAUCAUAGUCCUCUAUUCGACCUCCUACACAUCCGGUAUUCCGCAAAUUGCCGCCGAGUUUGGCGCCUCAAGCACAGUGGUCACUCUGGGACUGACCAUGUACCUGAUUGGGCUUGCCAUCGGGUCUAUGUUCAUGGCUCCCUUGAGUGAACUCUACGGGCGAAAGCCCGUUUCUGUCUUCUGCCUUGCGAUCUUCACGAUCAUGAUCAUCCCCUGCGCAGUCAGCAAGAAUCUAGCCACCUUGAUUGUGUGCCGCUUUAUUGGAGCGCUUUUUGGUAGUGUGAUGAUUUCAACGGCGCCAGGAAUGGUUGCGGAUAUAUCGCACGAUGAUCAGCGCGCGCUGGCAAUGUCGAUUUGGAGUAUCGGUCCCCUCAAUGGUCCAGUUGGAGGGUUCGUGACGCAGUACUUGGGCUGGCGUUGGAUGGAUUGGAUUGCUUUGAUCCUGUCAGGGGUUGCACUCGUCCUUUCGUGCAUACUUAAGGAGACCUAUGGGCCCAUUAUACUCCAGCAGAAGGCGGCCCGUUUGCGCAAAGAAACUAGUGAAUCGCGUUGGUGGUGCCGUUACGACCAGAAGGCUAGCCUGAAGGAAUUGCUGACGGUCAACCUGAGUCGUCCAUUUGUCAUGGCCGUCACCGAGCCGAUCUGUAUCUUCUGGAACAUCUACAUUGCCAUCGUCUAUGGCAUCCUAUACCUCUGUUUCACAGCUUAUCCCAUUGUCUUCCGUCAGAUCCGCGGCUGGUCUCUCGGCUUGUCCGGCCUGGCCUUCCUAGGCAUCGGUACCGGAUGUCUGAUCACUAUUGCCUGCGAACCGCUCAUCCGCCGCAUGAUCAACAGCCACAAGAUCGACCCCGAGACCGGCAAACCCGCCCCCGAAGCCAUGGUGUCGAUCGUCUGUAUCUCCGCGCUUCUGAUCCCCGCGGGGGAGCUCUGGUUUGCGUGGACCGGCUCUCCAGCCUCAGUCCAUUGGAUUGUCCCGAUCCUCGCAGGAAUCCCCUUCGGUGCAGGUAACACGGGGGUUUUCAUCUAUGCGACAAAUUAUCUCGCGGGCAGCUAUGGCGUCUAUGCGGCGUCGGCCAUGGCAGGUAACUCGGUCAUUCGAAGUAUCCUGGGCGGCGUGUUGCCUCUGGUGGGGACGUACAUGUACUCGGGCAUCGGGCCGAACUGGUCUGGUACGUUGCUGGGAUUGUUGGAGGUUCUGAUUGUCCCGAUUCCGUUCGUGUUCUAUAAGUAUGGAUACAAGAUCCGAGAGAGGAGUACUCUCAUUCGGCGGAUGCAGGAGGACAAGAAGCAUUUGGAAAUGAAACGAAAGCGUCAAAUGCAACGAGGUGAGAGGGGGGCUGUGUCUGAGAAAACAAAGAUGGAGGUUUGA